AAUAUAAAAGCAAUGUGGGUGUUAAAUGAAAACGCAUACAUAUGUAUAUUGAUUUUCGCGUUGGUGGUAAAAUGGCCGUGUGACGUCACUACUUCACGUGGGUUUUGGGUUUCCCCCCACCGCGGAGCCACAAUAUGUUCUCUGCUGACGUCAGUCAAGCCUUCCGCUUAAAACGAGACGACAAGGGAGCUGGCCUGACACUGUGCUGUCAGCCCAAUUUUCCCAUUUUUCGCGUUAAGUUUCCCUUGCGAAAAUGGAAUUGUAUAGUUUGUUAAAGUGUACCGCAAGUGUUGUUUUUUUGUUAUUUAUAAUAUCCCUACCGUGUGAUGGAUAUUCGCUACGCGAAGCCGACGAAAGUGAGCAGGAUAUUAACGAGAAUUUUAUCACCCCGCAUUACACGCACUAUGAUGAGCUUGUAGAGCUGCUAAAAAAUCUAACCGAAAGUUAUCCCAACUUGGCGAAAGUCCAUUCGAUCGGUAAAUCCGUCGAGGGCAGGGACUUGCUGGUUUUCGAAAUAUCGGAAAACGUCAAUAACCGUCGGCUCGGCGAGCCGAUGGUCAAAUAUGUUGCUAACAUGCACGGCGACGAGGCUGUUGGCAGACAAUUACUCGUCUAUCUCGCUCAGUACCUUUUACACAAUUACGGGAAAAACGAGAGAGUCACUAAGCUCGUCAACAACACCGAUAUAUACCUGAUGCCGUCUAUGAACCCCGACGGCUUCGAAAAAUCUCAGGAAGGAUUGUGCGAAUCUAAAUCUCAAUUUGUGGGACGUGAAAAUGCGAAUCACGUUGAUUUGAAUCGAGAUUUUCCCGAUCAAUUCGAUAGAAAAUUGGCCGGUCAAAGGCGAGGCAGCAUUACCAACGGAAGGCAGAAUGAAACUGUUGCUAUGAUGACAUGGAUAGCCACAGAGCCGUUCGUUUUGUCUGGGAAUCUUCACGGUGGUGCUGUUGUUGCUAGCUACCCCUACGACUCAGGAAUUCGCCGAGAAUGCUGCAUAGAGAGCAAAUCUCCAGACGAUGAAUUGUUCAAACACCUUGCACACGUUUAUGCGGACAAUCAUCCAACCAUGCGUGAAGGAAAUGCUUGUCCACCGGAGCGUUUUCCAGGUGGUGUUACAAACGGCGCGUAUUGGUAUGAAGUUACUGGCGGGAUGCAAGACUUCAAUUAUGUACGUUCCAAUUCAUUCGAAGUCACGUUUGAACUCAGCUGCUGCAAGUAUCCGUCAGCCGAAGAAAUGCUGGAAGAGUGGAGACUCAACAAGGAAUCUUUGAUCAAGUAUCUUGAACAAGCGCACAUUGGAAUUAAAGGUCUAGUCACAGAUGCGGAUGGUCAGCCAAUCGAAGGGGCGAGUAUAGUUGUCGCCGGAAUAAAACACAAUAUCUCAACUACCAAUCGUGGAGAAUACUGGCGUCUUUUACUGCCUGGUACUUAUUCCAUCUACGCUGCUGCAUGGGGAUAUAUGCUAAGCGAGCCGGUAGAGCUGACCGUAAACGCUGAAAAUGGACCAACGAUUUUUAACUUCACGUUGCGUAGCGACCCCGAAGCGUCUGACCAAGCCAGAAGUCAAUUGCCGAUUGCCGCCGAACUGGUUAGACCCCGUGACAACUUUGGAUUUUUUCAUCACGUCGAUUUUAAACACCAUAACUAUGUUGAAAUGGAAGAUUUUUUGAUCGACUUGCACAGCAUGUAUCCAAAAUUAACGAAUCUCUACCACGUUGGAACCUCGGUUCAAGGCAGAAAAUUGUACGUAAUGGAAGUGACGAAGGGUCCCGGUAAACAUCGACCCGGAGUACCAGAAGUAAAGUUAGUGGCCAAUAUGCAUGGCAACGAAGUUAUUGGAAAAGAAAUGUUGCUCUUGUUAUUGCGAUACUUGUGUGAAAAUUAUGGAAGUGACGAAAGGGUGUCGAAAAUCAUGAAUACGACGAGACUACACGUAAUGCCAAGCAUGAACCCCGAUGGGUACGAAGCCUCCAAAAUUGGCGAUGCUUACGGAAUUCAAGGAAGAAGUAACGCUAAUGGCAUUGACCUCAACCGCGAUUUCCCAGAUCAAUAUACUCCGUCGAAGCCCAACAACGUGAGACAGCCAGAAACGGUAGCAGUAAUGAAGUGGAUAGAUGAAAUUCCGUUCGUCUUAUCAGCGAACCUGCACGGCGGUGCCCUGGUAGCAAAUUAUCCGUUCGAUGAUGCUCCAGGCCAGGCAAACAGCCGACCAAACUAUAGUCCAGAUGACAAGGUCUUCAAAAUGAUUGCGAGUACUUAUUCGAACGCACACCCGCGGAUGCAUUUGGGCAAACCGUGCCCCUCGAUGUUCGAUGGGAGAAGCUUGCUAGAAGAAAGCUUCCCAGACGGAAUAACAAACGGUGCUCGAUGGUACGCAGUUGUCGGCGGAAUGCAAGACUACAAUUACAUAAAUAGCAACGCCUUUGAAAUCACGCUGGAAUUGGGCUGUACCAAGUUCCCAAAAGCCGAGACGCUCCCCACGUUUUGGCUCGAAAACCGCGAACCUCUGUUGGCAUUCAUCGAACUGGCACACAAAGGUGUGUAUGGUUUCAUUCGAUCGUCCAUCGGAAAUCCCAUCGCCAACGCGAGAAUUCAUGUCGAAGGAAUUGAGCACGACAUUUUUGCUGCCACCACUGGCGACUACUGGCGUCUUCUGGUCCCAGGUACAUACAACAUCACAGCCAGUGCUGCUGGAUAUGAAUCUGAAACUCAAACUGUAAUUGUACCUGAUGCUAAACUUGGCGUUCCGCUCGAUUUUACUCUGAUGAGUAGCGACCCGAAUCAUUGGUCUUCCGCUUACGAUUUUCGAAUCAUCACGAAUAUGGAAAAGGGUUUCCUUACGAAUUCAGAGCUGAAUACACGGCUAGCAAAGUUGGAGAAUGCACAACCAGAUGUUGCGGAAUUUCAGGCUGGCGAAUCUUCAGUCAGCAUGGCUAUUCAUUCUCUCAAAGUGACGCACAACGUAGGAGGACCAGAAGAAAAUAAAAUUCACAUUGGAUUGAUCGGUGGUCUGUUCGCAUCUCAACCAGCUGGUCGAGAAAUCUUGGAGCGUUUAGCCAGACACGUGACGAUUGGGAAUCAAAUUGGGAAUCCACCAAUAAAAAAACUUUUGGACAACGUUGUUCUGCAUUUUGUGCCAGGAGUUGAUCCGAAAUUUGACAGUGUGUCAGACAGCUGCAAUCCUUCGGUGAAAAACGAGAUUGGCCAGAAUUUGUUGGACAGUUUGAAUGGAAAAAGUCAGAAAGUAGACGUAGUCACAAAUGCACUCAAAGAAAUGAUGCGGACGGAAAAUUUCGACGCUCUUAUCAUCAUCGGCGGCGGUGCUAAGGAUGUUAGUUCAACAUCGGAUGAUUUCAAUACUUACAAUAAUCUUGCUCGCCAGUAUGCGGCUAAACUCCACAGAGAACAUUGCGAUAGCAAUGCAGAGCCUGAAAACGUUUUCGAACUUCAAAAUGCCAUCAAGUUACAGUACAAUAUACCUGUUAUAUCGCUGUUACUGUCCUGCUGCAAAUAUCCAUCAGCCGAUUCAGUUCUGUCGCUAUGGCAGGAGAAUUUACCGCCUCUGAUGGAGCUUUUGCACGGUUUGGCAACGGGAAUUCGUGCAUCAGUUGCAAAUAAAGAGGGAAGUCCACUGCGUGAAGCCAACGUAAAAAUUGAUUCUUCGUCAUCUUUGUAUCAUCUAACGAAGAACAUGGCAUAUUUCCAAAUGAUUUUGCCACCUGGCACCUAUUCGCUGACCUUCUCGUGCAAAGGUUACAAGUCUAAAUCACUUCCAGUCGUGGUUAAUGCCAAAGAAAUGACGAGCUUUAACGUUGUGCUAGAAAAGAAUGAGAUACCUGAGCACAUCUUGGCAGAUGCAGCUUAUACCAGUUCAGAUAUCAAUGUAAAUAGCCUGCUGAACGAUCUGAACGGAAAAUAUCCGAAGAUAUCUAAAUUACACACGAUCGGCAAGAUGGGCAACGGUCGAACAGCAAUGUCUUUGGAAAUCGGAGCGCAGAAUCAAGACGUUCAGCUCACGGGCGUUCCGUCGAUCCUGUUUCUGUCCGGAGUCGAAGAAAAUUCGCCAGCAGCUACCGAAGUGCUUGUCAAAUUUGCCGAGCACCUACUGAGCAACUACAAAAAAGAUCCAAUUAUCACAGGAUACAUUGACAAAUUCGCUGUGCACAUAGCUCCGAGCGUAAAUGCGUUUGAAAAAGUGACGCAGAGUUGCAUUCCACAGACUAACACCUCGCUGCAGUUUCCGAUUGAUGAUCCGUUGUCGAAUGAUGCGAGUAUUAUUGCAAAUUGGUUGAGAGAAGUGAAUGCGAUAUUGGCCGUGAAUCUAUUGACUGGUUCUGUGCACGUCGAAAUACCAUUCGGCGACAAGCAUGGAAAGUUCUUUAACAAAAUCUACGAAACGGACGACGAAGAGCUACUGCAACGACUCGCAAAAACUUAUGUUAGUCAACAUCCAACGAUGGCAUCCAAAAACGCAAAAUGUGAAACAAGCGUCAAAAUGGAUAGUCCAGGAGUCUCGCACAGUGGAACUACUUUUGAUCAGCCAAAAGUCAACUCUCUGAUCGAUUAUGUAUACUUGAAUACCAGCACUCUGAUGCUGAAUGCUUAUGUUUCAUGCUGCAACACCGAUCACGUCUCGGACGUUUGGAUGGAGAACGAAAAAAGCCUGCUAGCAAUGAUUGAGGCAGUUAAUCAAGGGAUUACAGGGUAUGUAGUCAACGAAAGCAAUGAGCCGAUAACCGGGGCUAAGUUUUCGUACGACAAUUCGUUGCACCGUGUGCGAAACGGAAAGACAGGAGCAUACUGGAUUUUACUGUUAGCUGGAUCUCAUACUGUGACAGCCCAAGCAUCUGGCUAUUUACCAGAUACAAAGUUAAUCGUCACACCUCAUGUCGACAAGUUUACUCCACUAAUGUUCAAAUUACAACGGAAUCAAGAUGUAUUUGGCAUGCCGAGGAUCGUUUUCAUCAUUUUAACUGGCAUAAUCUGUCUCGGCAUUGUUGUUUCCGGUGUUUGUUGUUACGCUGGAUGUCAAACAAUGAAUCGACAGAAAAAUGAAAACAAGAAAGGAUAUGCAUUCAGUUUACUUCCUGAUGGUACAAGCUUCUUCGACGAUGACGAGAAAGAAGUCAGUAUAUUCAAAACGCCCCUGAGAGGAAAACACGUUGACAUAAACACGAAGCCGUAUUUCGACCAACUUCACGCUUCGGAUUCGGAAAACGAGAGCGAUCUAGAAUUUAUCAGGCCAGAACGUGAUUAAGAAGGGAAGUUGAAGAUUUUAAUAGUGAUUAUGAUUAACUUCCAAUGGGAAUCGCCAUGUCCAAAAAUAAGGCUAAAGUACGCUACUAGCGUCAAUUCUUUGUCCUUCGAAUGGUUUCGUGAUUUUUAUAUGGUAUA